AUGCUGACAAAUAGAUCAGGUAACCAUCAAAUGAUUCUUAGAAAGUGGUACGAGUCCGCGUUAUUCUUCCUAAACGAGUCGGAGUUUAUGAGGAGAAACGACAUUCGAGUUGUCCAAGCGAUUGCGAUACUUGGCAUGUGCUUCUACAACUUCGGCGACUCCGAGUUGAGCUGCCAUCUAUGGAGUUGCGCGAUACGUAUUGCUCAAGCUCUCGGUCUCGAUGGAUCACACACUGAGAAUGCUUGCACCGAUAUGAGUCUGGAAGCUAAACGAAGACUGUGGUGGACGUUGGUCAUUUGCGAAUGGCUGGCGGUCCCUUACCACGUCCCUCAAGUCGAAGAGGGAGACUUCAAUGUACCUCUUCCCUCCAUGGACCCGAACUCGGAUCUUCCGGGCGGCAUUCAGCCGGUUCAGUAUCACAUCUUCAUGUCGCGAACCUCGAUCGUUUAUCAUAGGUUCCGCUCAGCGCUGCGGGAGGGAACGCGGGCGAUUGCAGAGAUCGUUCGACUCGCGGAUGACGAGCUCGCAGAAGUGAUCAACACCUUGCCGGAGCAUCUUCAACCCGACGGGGGGAAGAACCCAGAAAUCCAAGACCUAGAAAUUGCCCAUCCUUGGAUCAAAUGGCAACGAUUCGACAUUAGUCUCGUUCUGCUUCAUCAUCGUAUGCGCAUCAACAGGGCACUGCAGAACCAGUGGCUCGAAUCUCCAGGCCAGUACGACUGGGCGAGAGCGGUCUGCAUCCGGUCGGCUAUGGACAUCAUAUGGAUUACACAUAACUGGGACCAACCCGCUGCGAUGCGAAGGCAAUGGUAG